UUCCUCUCUCCUUCUCCUUCUCCUUCUUCUUCUUCUUCUUCCUCCUCUUUUAAUCGCUCCCCUUCCCCUUCAACCAAAGAGAAAGAGAAAGAGAUCGAGAUCCGCCGCCGCCUCCGCCCUCCGCCCUCCGCCCUCGGCCCCCUGCCCCCGCCGUCGCCGCCGCCGCCGCCGCCAUGGCGCUGUCGAAGGAGGUGGUGAAGAAGGUGGCGAUCUCGUACGCCUACGUCGCCAUCUGGAUCUCCCUCUCCUUCGCCGUCAUCGUGUACAACAAGUACAUCCUGGACCCAAAGCUCUACAACUGGCCCUUCCCCAUCUCCCUCACCAUGAUCCACAUGGCCUUCUGCUCCUCCCUGGCCUACCUCCUCGUCCGCGUCCUCCAGGUCGUCGAGCCCGUCACCACCAUGACCCGCGAGUUCUACCUCAAGAACGUCGUCCCCAUCGGCGCCCUCUACGCCCUCUCCCUCUGGUUCUCCAACUCCGCCUACAUCUACCUCUCCGUCUCCUUCAUCCAGAUGCUCAAGGCCCUCAUGCCCGUCGCCGUCUACUCCCUCGGCAUCUCCUUCAAGAAGGAGACCUUCCGGUCCAACACCAUGGCCAACAUGGUCUCCAUCACCCUCGGCGUCGCCAUCGCCGCCUACGGCGAGGCCCAGUUCAACGGCUUCGGGGUCUUCCUGCAGCUCGGCGCGGUGGCCUUCGAGGCCACCCGCCUCGUCCUGAUCCAGAUACUCCUCACCUCCGCCGGGAUCAAGCUCAACCCCAUCACCUCGCUCUACUACGUCGCGCCCUGCUGCUUCGUGUUCCUGUCCCUGCCCUGGGCGGUGAUGGAGAUGCCGAGGCUGAUCCAGACGUCCAGCUUCCACUUCGAUCUCCUCGUCUUCGGGACCAACUCGCUGUGCGCCUUCGCGCUGAACCUCGCGGUGUUCCUGCUCGUCGGGAAGACCUCGGCGCUGACGAUGAACGUGGCCGGGGUGGUCAAGGACUGGCUGCUCAUCGCCUUCUCGUGGUCGGUGAUCAAGGACACGGUGACCCCCGUGAACCUGUUCGGGUACGGCAUCGCCUUCCUCGGGGUCGCCUACUACAACCACGCGAAGCUCCAGGCGAUGAAGGCCGCGGAGGAGGCCAAGACGGCGAAGGCCGGCCAGGGCGGCGACGAGGAGGCCGGGAAGCUGCUGGAGGAGAAGGAGUCCAAGAACGGAGAAGAGUAUGAGAAGAAAAGCGACGAGAAAAAUUGAUGUUGAAUUUGGUAAAACCCUUCAUUUUUUUUUUUUUGUUUUUUAAAUUUCAGAGGAGCAAAAGAAUUUCAGAUAUUACAUGGUAAAUUGAUUUAUGUCCCAAUUUUUUUUCGUGCUUCGUCUUUUUUUGUUUUGUUUAGAGGACAAGAUUAGCAUGAAUAAAUCCGAUAAUCUCCUCUUUCCUCCUCUUCUGGGGGUAAAGUGGAGUCAAUAAUUUUAUACUAUAUAGUUUUUAUAUUUAUAUCUAUAUUCUGGGUUAGACGUCGGUCCAGAUGAUAACGCGAGAGAGAUGUUUAUGGUCAAGAUGAAUUUGUGGACUAUACUAAACUAUUGAUCA